UGCAGGAUCCACAUCAUGGCCGGGCGGGUGCCCGAGGGCGCGGACCGGGCGGCGCUGGCUGCGGGGAUGGAGGCCCCCUUCGUUGACAACCUGCGGCACGCGGCCGGCGUCCUGGCCCAGGAGCCCAUGGUGGGGCUGCUGGAGCCGAUCAACACGCGCAUCACUGAUCCCCGCUACUUCCUGAGCACGCCCCAGCAAGCCGCUGCCAUGUUGGAGCAGGUGGGACAGCCCAACCUGAAGCUGCAGCUGGACAUCUUCCAUCUCCAGAUUAUGGACGGGAACCUGACGCGCAACCUGGAGACCUACUUCCCACUCAUCGGUCACAUCCAGAUUGCACAGGUGCCAGCGCGGCAGGAGCCUGACACCCCUGGGGAGGUGAACUUCCCCUACCUCUUCCAGCAGCUGGAGUCGCUGGGCUACACGGGCUACGUGGGGUGCGAGUAUACCCCGCGAGGGGCCACAGCAGAAGGGCUGGGCUGGCUGCGGGAGUACUGGCAGAGCCGGGGCCUAGAGCCCAAUGGCAGCAUCCUGUAGGGGCUGGUGGCCAGUGGCCCAGGCCCACCGUACUGCAGGCACAGGCACAAGAAUAAAACACAAGCAAAA